GAGGGAGAGAGGGAGAGAGAGAGAGAGAGAGAGAGAGAGAGAGAGAUCGGAGAUGCGCCGGCUGCCGCCCCGCCGGUCGAGUGUCAGGGCAGCCCAUCUCUUUUUCGAGCAGAAGAGGCACACAAAUAAGCAGCUCUUUUUCGAGCUGCAAUUCGGAACCGAAGCAGCUCCUUUUCGAGCUGCAAUCCGCAAUCAAGCAGCUCCUAUCCGAGCUGCAAUUCGACAUCGACGCGGCUCCCCACCGAGCUCUAAUCCGAUUUCGACCCCCUUUCUGUGUAGAUCACGGAAGGGGAUCGAGUCCGUCUCGUGUUCAGUCUGCGAGGUGCAGUCGGAGGCGCAAACGAAGCCAAUAUAAAUUGGCCAGUCGGCCCGACCGGAAGCCAGCAGAUCUCAGACGAGACCAGCCAUUCCCGAGCCAGGUUCACGGACGCCUACCUUCUCCGGCGACCGGCGGCCGCCAAUUCUUAUCGGAUCUUGGCAGAUCUACCCGGAGCCAUGGGGAAAGGAAAUCGAGAUGAUAUGCUCAGCAACUUGCCUGACGACAUUUUGGUUAAUAUUCUUGAUAGACUCGAUGUCACAUAUGCUGUCAGAACCAGCAUCCUCUCCAGACGGUGGAGUCGGCUUUCUACCAAGCUUUCUCGACUGACAAUAAGUAUUUUGGACUUCCUGCCUCGCAAUGGGCCCAUAUUUGAAAUUGAUGAAGUGGUUCGGAGCAAUGCAGCUGUGGUUGAAGCAACCACGAGCAUCCUGGCACACAGGGAUUCUACCCGAAAAACCAUCCACCUACUGUCAAUGACUUUCUUCUUAAAAGACAGUGACCACAUAUCCAUUGGACAUGCUGUUGCCAAGACCAUGGCGACACGCAAGGUUGAGAUGGCUGAAUUCAACAUUAUGACAGAGAGGGAUGCCACUCAGUGUGACGAUGAUAAUCUAGCCAGUUAUGGGAAGAAGUUCAUCUUAUUCUUUGAUGCUUUCCCAGAUGCAUUUGGUGGUCUCACACGCCUGCACCUUGAAAAUUUGAGAUUUGGUGAAUCGGACAUCACUAAUGUACUCAUCGUUUGUAAGCGAUUAAAGGAUCUACGUCUGAUGAAUUGUGAUUCUGGGGAAACGACCACACUGCAAGUAGAUCACUCCCAACUCAGUGACCUCGCCAUCGGUGAUUGCCUUUUUGCAGAACUGCUGCUGAACUCUGUUCCAAAACUCACACGGUUGGCCUUUGAGGGUUGGAUCUCUUUCCAUUAUCCACUUUCAGUUGGCGAUGCCCCAUUGCUUGAGGCCGUCAAACUCAAUAAUGUUGCUCUCAGUUGGCACAAGAUGGUUGAGUUAAGUAAGUUUCUUUGUGGUACCUCUGUGCGUGACCUGAAGUUGGGAUUUAAAUGUGAAAAGAUCUGGGUCCAACCAGAGUGCUUGACGAAAAGCCUGGCAUCUGUUUUUCGCCAACUAAGGUUUGUGAAUCUAGAUGAAAUUCCUGAAGGGUAUGAUCUGACCUGGACACUGUUCAUCCUUAAAGCUGCACCCCUCCUAAAGGAGCUAUACAUAACGGUGUGGGACCAUCUUUGUAAAAUGGUAACAGAUGAGGAGAAGAGGAAGGAACGCUUGUUUAGCGAGGAGAAGGGUGUAGAGUGGGAAUCAUCUGCUUCUGACUUCCAUCAUGAGAAUCUGGUUACGCUUGUCAUAUUUGGCUUCCAAUCUGAAGAGUACAUGGUGAGCUAUAUCAGGCGUGUAAUGGAAGCAGCGACAAAUCUGGAGGAGGUGUUCCUGUAUCAUAGGCUGGCUUGUAGGAAGUGCCUUGACAAUUCUCGAAAGCAGCCAUUCAAGUUCCCGUGGACCAAGAGGCAGAGAUUGUCAGUGAAGAAGAGAAUUACUGACGGGAUAGACUCGUUUGCCAUAAUUCAUUUCCCUACGACUGCUGGAUUAAGGUCUGACCAUGUGGCCAAAAAGAACUAUCCGUAGUGUUUGCGUUUUAUUUUUCAAAAAUGUGGUGUACUUCAUUCGUGUCCCGAGACUGAAACGUUGUGCUGUGGUAGUAGUAGUAGGCUGUUUGAUAACUUUCAGUACUUGUGAACGAAUAUGAUUUGCGUAUCUAUGUCUAUGAGCCAUGAUCCUCAGCAA